AUGAAUAACGCAGAUACGAACAGAGAAGAGAAAAGUGAUGUUCAAAUGGCGAGCAGAAUUCGCGCCUGGUGGUGGGUAGAUCUCAAAGAGAAGUUCCAGGGAGACGGAAACAAGCCAAAACUACUGACUCAUCUAACCAAGCGUUUUCUUUCUGAUCACGGUGCGUCUCCUAUUAUCCGCGAAAUAUCAUUCGAAAAGAUGUCACUGUCAACACUGACACCACGCCUUAUUUCACGACAAUGUCUUACCCGUAUCCUUGCUAUACGAAGCGCAAGUGGUAUGAAACUUCAGGGCGAGCAGACAUUGAAAGCCGAUCCAGCCCAAGGAUUCUUCAAGUAUGAACGAGAUAUUUCUCGAGAUAAGCGAUAUGACAACCCCCAGAAACCGGGAGACACUCCACUGAGAUUCAUGUUCCGCAAACUUGGUCAUGCAUAUGAGCUAUAUCCUCUCUAUGUUCUGACUGGUCUCUGGUUUAUCAUGUUCUGCUACGCCAUAUAUUACUCAUUUGAGAAGAUGGAAGUCUGGCUUGAUAGAAGCAAAUCCACCGCCCCUUGGGACUGGGAAAGAAUCCGGGAAAACUACUGGAAGAAGCCUACACUUUUCUUGGACCAGGAUGGAAGGAGCCACAAACGAUUAUCGAUCAUGGAGCAAUUGCAAGACGAAAUGAUCGAAGCCGCCAAGGCACGAGGAACUCGUUAG